GCUCGGGGCGGCCUCGCUUCCCUUUCCGCACCGGCCGCCGGCGGGCGCUGGUGCUUCCUCGCCCUUGGCGGAGUCGGCUGCUGCAGUGCUGCGUGGUGAGCAUGGCCGCUCGGAGAAGCCGGGCUGCCAUCAGGCUGUGCGCCACAGUUGUUUUGCUUGAUGUGGCUUUCUGUAAAGGAUUUGUGGAAGAUUUAGAUGAAUCGUUUAAAGACAACCGAAAAGAUGACAUUUGGCUUGUAGAUUUUUAUGCACCAUGGUGUGGCCAUUGCAAAAAACUGGAACCGAUUUGGAAUGAAGUUGGCCUUGAGAUGAAAAGCAUUGGUUCUCCAGUUAAAGUUGGGAAGAUGGAUGCUACUUCCUAUUCUAGCAUUGCUUCAGAAUUUGGAGUUCGAGGUUAUCCAACAAUUAAGCUAUUAAAGGGGGAUUUGGCAUAUAAUUACAGAGGACCACGAACUAAAGAUGAUAUUAUUGAAUUUGCUCACAGAGUAUCUGGGGCUUUAAUUCGGCCACUUCCAAGUCAGCAAAUGUUUGAACAUGUACAGAAGAGACAUCGUGUAUUUUUCGUUUAUAUAGGUGGAGAAUCACCUUUGAAAGAGAAAUACAUCGAUGCUGCUUCAGAAUUGAUUGUCUAUACAUACUUUUUUUCUGCCCCUGAAGAAGUAGUUCCUGAGUAUGUGACACUAAAAGAGAUGCCUGCUGUGCUUGUUUUCAAAGAUGAAACCUACUUUGUUUAUGAUGAGUAUGAAGAUGGUGAUCUGUCAUCGUGGAUCAGCCGGGAGAGAUUUCAGAAUUACCUUACUGUGGAUGGCUUCCUUUUGUAUGAACUUGGAGAUACAGGGAAGCUCGUGGCUAUUGCUGUUAUCGAUGAGAAAAAUACAUCACUUGAACAUACCAGAUUAAAGUCAAUUAUUCAGGAAGUUGCUAGAGAUUACAGAGACCACUUCCAUAGGGAUUUUCAGUUUGGCCACAUGGAUGGAAACGACUAUAUAAAUACCCUGCUGAUGGAUGAAUUGGCAGUGCCAACCGUGGUUGUAUUGAAUACUUCAAACCAGCAAUACUUUUUGCUAGACAGACAGAUUAAGGAUACCAAAGACAUGGUCCAAUUCAUUAAUAACAUUCUGGAUGGCACAGUAGAGGCCCAAGGAGGUGAUAGCAUUUUCCAGAGGUUGAAGAGAAUAGUAUUUGAUGCCAAAUCUACCAUAGUGUCUAUAUUCAAGAGCUCCCCACUCAUGGGCUGCUUCCUCUUUGGCCUGCCGCUGGGUGUCAUCAGUAUCAUGUGCUAUGGAAUCUACACAGCGGACACUGAGGGGGGUUACGUAGAGGAACGGUAUGAAAUAUCGAAAAGUGAAACUGAAAGCCAAGAACAGAUAGAAGAAAACAAAGAACAGCAGGAGCCAAGCAGUGGAGGCUCUUUAGUGCCUACUGAGCAAGAACCCAAGGAUGUGUUAGAAAAGAAGAAAGAUUGAGACUUUCCUAGUGUACAAUAUUUGAUGGUGUUUCAGAUUAUUAAAGAGUCUAUUUAUUGAAUUUAGACAUUUAAUCAAUCAUCUUUACAGAAGAAAACAUGUUCUUUGUAUUUUGCUAAUAUCAGCUGCAUGGGUUAAAGUAGUCCAUUCAUAAAUGGGGAGAUAUUUGGAGCAAAGAAAUUAAUGGUUUGUGUAAAAGAAACAGAAUCACAUUACUCCGUCAGAUUUAUGUUAUAGCUGUUAUUACAAAGCAUCAGUUGUGUUUGCAUGUUUCUCUUUCUGAAUAUUCUGUGACUAAAGUUCUUGGACAGAGGAUACAAUUGGCCGGUCAGGUAGAAGAUACAUGUUUGAUAAUACCUCUGCCUCCUACAAUCCUUUCCCCUUAUAUAUUUUGGAUAAGAUUUGUAUGUACAAAAUAGUCUUUAAAAAUCUAGCACUUUAAGGAAAACUAAUAACUUUUUCUGAAUAUCAAAUAAAGAUUAUGAGGAUAAAAAUAAUGUGGUUUUAUAUAAUAUAGUAAUUUUAUUUUGUUGUUAUUUUUAAAGGAGAGGAAAUGUUACUUUUUAACUUUGUAGUUACUUACAAAAUUUUCAUAUGGGCAUAUAUAGUGGGCAAAAAUAAUGUUGUGAUCACCUUUGCAAAAUAAGCAGGAUUCUCUGGGAGCAGUGGUUUCAGCCAUGCCCUGAAAAACUCUGAACAGGUAUUCAUCCGUCAUUACAGGAAGGGAAGGGUGUCUGUUAAUCCUAUCCUGCUUUUUAGCCAUGACAGACUAGUGUUUUUAUUUUGAGUCACUUUUAUUUUAUAUAUUAAGAUUUCUUCUAAUAUUUUCUUUGAUAAAAAUCUGAUGCUAUUCAAAAAGUAAUAUAUAUCAUAUUUUUAUGUUUAUGGUAUAUAAACUUUGUUGUAACUUAUAGUCCAAAAUAUGUAUGUGUGUAUACAUGAAAUUUCUUGAUACCCAUUUAUCAUGUAAUGUCAUGUUCUUGAUGAGGAGCAUGUCAAAUGACCUCCAUU